ACUUGGUCACUAACCUCUUGCAGGUACACUGUACUCGAGGUGGCCACAGUCAUUAUCAAUAACGGGCCUGCAGUACAAGUACAGUAGACCCUGCUGUCGCUCUUUAACCGUGUCCAAGGAAUCUCUGGCACGUACCUGGCUCUUUUUUUCUUGAUCGAAAAGACACAGGUCAUGGCGUCCACGUUAACGCAAUCCACCACCGCAAACACCACAAUGUUUCUGGCACCGGCAAUGACCUUACGGGGUCAUGAAGACCAAAUUCGUUCUAUAUCCUACUUUCCGAAAGGCAAGCGAAUGCUCAGCGGAUCUGAUGAUCUUACCGCUCGGCAAUGGGACAUGCAAGUGGGUAAAGAGAUUCCCAAGUUGCGGGAUGUUUGUAAGCGGCAAAUCCGUGCGGUAGCAGUUUCCAGGGAUGGUCGAUGGGUUGUCACUGGUGGUUCACAUUCUGGUCGCGGGGAGCUCAAAGCGUGUGAUGUUCAGACGGGCAUCGUCAAGACAUUUGAAGGCCACUCAAAAGAGACAUAUUGCAUUGAUAUAUCUACAGAUAGCGCGUUGCUUGUGAGCGGGGCAAUCGAUCGCUCGGCUCAUAUAUGGAGCUUGGAGACCGGAAAAUUGGUGGCUGGACCAUUCACAAGUCUUCAGGGUCUGGGCGCAGUUCGAUUCUCGCAUGAUUCGAAGAAACUUGCAGUAAAGUCAGAUGUGGGGAAGUGUCUUGAGGUAUGGGGCGUGCACACACGAAAGUUGGACGUCAGAACAGGAACGUUUGGUUACGAUCCCAUGUCAUAUGCAUCCGUGUUCUGGACAAAGAAGAACUUGACUAUCGUUGCUGCAUUCAGUUUUACGGAUGACCCUGCUAGGACGAUCUAUGAGUUCGAUGCAUCCACCCUAAAGACUGUCGGAACUCCUUUCGAAGGGCACACCAUGGUUCUUGCCGGCCUGGUGCUUUCAUCUGAUGAUACUCUCCUCGUUACCGGAUGCUACGAAACUAUCAAGCUCUGGGCCUUCGAGUCCCGCCAUCUUCUCGCCUCGUUCAACGUUCUGCCUCUCGGCUCCUUAACCCUUUCACCCGACUCACGUCAACUAGCUUAUGCAAGUGGUAGUGACAUUUAUAUUUACAACACUCCGGCAGAGAUCCUGGCCAGCAUCGGGUCUGCAUCGGAUGCACAGGCCAGUGUACGUAGACUUAUACAGAUUGUGUGAGAACUAAUACAUGCAUCUUCACAGACCAGUGCACACAAAAACUCAAGCCUCGCUGAUUUACUAAAGUCUGAUGCAACCCGCCGUCCUCGUAACCCAGUGACUAUUUCGUACCCCCCUAGGCCAAGACCUACACCUACAGUAGACCCACAAUCAUCUAUUUUCGUCCGCCGCUUCCGCAAACUCCUUCGAUUGCCUCGUGCGAAUGCAGUUUCGAACAAUCAGCCUCG